GAAUGGAUGCAAUGUAUCCCCAGAAUGCAGUUCUUAGGGAGUUAGCUUAAUAGAUCUGCUACAAUCUCAGAUUUCUUUCUCCUUCCCAUGCACAGCUAUGCGCCAGAUUGGCCUCCAGCAGCCCACUUCACCCAUGGUCUAAUCCAUUAAUGUAUGAUGACGAUGAUACUCCAAAUCAUCCUGUUGCUCUGUGCCGGGUCGUUGCUGAGCAGAGCCGACAGCUGCCCGCCCUCUCAGGCUAUCCUGCCCUGCCGCUGUUCGCUGCGUGGAAAGGAGAUACAGAUAUGGUGCUCGCACAGCAACCUGCCCCAAGUGAUGGACGGCCUGAAGGCCGUGGAGCGGAAUAUAAAGAGUAAAAUUGAUGAGCUGGUGCUGGAGAACAAUCAGCUGCCGGCACUGCCGGGACGCUUCUUUGGCAACCUGCAGAUUGUGCGCCUGAUGCUGCGCUACAACAGCAUCGAACGGGUGUCCAAUGGCUGGCUGAACGAGCUCGAGAACAGCCUGGUGGAGAUCUUCAUUGUGGAGCCGCAGCUGCGCAGCAUUCCCGCGGAGAGUCUCAACGGCAUGAUCAAUAUGCUGGCCAUAACCAUACAGAGCGACGAGCUGAAGCAUCUGCCGGACUUCUCGGGUCUGCUCAGCCUCACGUACCUGAGUGUGCAGACGGGAUCCCUGCAGGAGCUGGCGCCCCACAUCUUCCGGCAUCUGCCCAAGCUGCAGCACAUCCACAUCACUGGCGGUUCGGGUCUGACGCGACUCGAGGCGGGUCUUUUCGAUGGUCUGAUCUCCCUGAAGAACCUGGAUCUCUCGCACAACGGACUCAACUGGAUCCACCUGCGGGCCCUCACCCGCUUACCCAAUCUGGUCAGCCUCAAGUUGUCCCACAAUCAGAUCAGCGACGUGGGCAUGGUCGGGCGCAUUGUCAAGGACUUGGAGCACCUGAAGAAGCUGCGAUUGGACCACAACAUCAUCAAUGUCAUCGAGGACGGGUCGUUUGUGGAUCUGCCCAAUCUGUCGGAGAUGCAUCUGAACGACAACCGCAUCACCGAGCUGCAGUACGGCGCCUUCCUGGGCACGCCGCAGCUGAAGACAAUCUAUCUGCAGAACAACCUCAUCCGGCGCAUACAUCCGGAGUCGCUGCUCCAGGCCAGUGGCAGUGGCGUGGAGGCCGUCCACAUCUACAACAAUGAGAUUGGCCAUGUGGAGGCCUUGAGAGCUCUGCUCGACGCCCUGCCCACGCUGCGCUACCUCGACAUGAGUGGCAAUCUGUUGAGUGAUCUGCCCUAUGGCUCGCUGCGGGGUCACGGCACCUUGGAGCAGCUGCACCUGAACAACAACCAGCUGAGGCUGAUUGAGCGGGACGCCCUGAUGGCCAUGCCCGCCCUGAGAGAGCUGCGCAUGCGCAACAACAGUCUCUCGUCCGAUCUGCCGCUGCCGUUCUGGAACCUGCCCGGUCUCAAGGGCCUCGACCUGGCUCAGAAUCAGUUUGUACGAGUGGAUUCCCAGCUGCUGGCGGGACUGCCUUCGCUGCGGCGGCUCGAUCUCAGCGAGAAUGGACUGAGGGAGCUGGCUCCAAACAGUUUUCGGCACAAUCCCCUGCUGGAAACCCUCAACAUAUCCUCCAAUGGGCUGACCAAGAUUCACUCCUCCACGCUGCUUCACCUGGAACGGCUGUUCGAGGUCGAUGCCAGCUUUAACCAGCUGUCAGCGGUGAUUGCGGGCCUGCCACGGAUUGUGGAACGCAUCUCCCUGAAGGGCAACGAAAUCGGAUCUCUACCCGCCGCGGCCAGCAAGGCCCUGCAGCUGCCCAACCUGCGCAUGCUCGAUCUCAGCCAGAACCGCAUCGAGCAGCUGCCCAGGCACGGCUUUGAGGGCGCCGGCCAACUGCGGGUCCUGAGUCUGGCCCAGAACCAGCUGCGCCAGCUGGAGGACACCUCCUUCAUAGGCAUCCAGCGGCUGGAGUUGCUCCAUCUGCAAGAGAACCAGCUGGGCGAGGCCGAUGAGCGGGCCCUGCUGCCCCUCGCGGAGCUGCGGAAUCUGAAUCUGCAGUCGAACAAACUGGAGGCCAUCACCGACAACUUCUUCUCGAACAACAGUCGCCUGGAGCAGCUGGAUCUGUCCCGCAACCUCAUACGCAGCAUCUCCCCGACGGCUUUUGAUACGCAGAGAUCUCUGGAGUACCUCGACCUGUCCGGCAAUGGGCUGCUGGACAUAUCGGUGGGCCUGGGCAAUCUGCACAGCCUGCGGGACAUUGACCUGAGCUACAAUCAGAUCUCGCGUGUCCAGUCCGAUGUGAUUGGGGGCUGGCGCAACGUGGUCGAGAUUCGAUUGUCCAACAAUCUCAUCGUGGAACUGCAGCAGGGCACCUUCCGGAACCUGCCAAAGCUACAGUACCUGGAUCUGAGCAGCAACGAGAUCAGGAGUGUCGAGCCAGGCGCCCUCAAGGGUCUCGACGAGCUGCAGGAGUUCGUCCUCGCAGACAACAAGCUGGUGGAGCUGAAGGAUCACGUCUUCGAGGAGCUACCCAGCCUGCUGGCCUCCCACUUCCAGUACAACAAGCUGCGCUACAUCUCGCCGGAGAGCUUCCACAAUGCCAACUCCCUGGUGUUCCUGAAUCUGUCCAACAAUCACUUCAGGAAUAUGGAGAACAUUGGUCUGCGGAGCAUGCGCAACCUGGAGGUCCUCGACCUGUCCGCCAAUGGGGUCAAGCUGGUCUCGACAAUGCCCCUGAAGGCGCUCAAUUGGUUGGUGGAACUGAAAAUGGAUAACAAUCAGAUAUGUCGAAUACAGGGUGCUCCCUUUGAGACGAUGCCCAGGCUGCGGGUACUCUCCAUGCGAAACAAUCAGCUGAGAAGCAUCAAGGAGCGCACCUUCCGGAACCUCAGAGGGAACAUAGCCAUCUUGGAUGUGGACGGCAAUCCCAUUGACUGCAACUGCGAGAUGCAGUGGCUUUCGGUUUGGCUGCAGGAAACCAACUUCCCGUAUCCCGGACCCAAGUGCCAGGAUGGUCGCCUCCUGAGGGCUGCCCGCAUGGAGCGCAGCUUGUGUGCGGGCGCGGAUGUGUUCACCAACAGUGAACGGACAGAGGCCAAUCACCUGCCGCUGCUCAACGAGCACGGCGAUGUCUUCCAGCGGGACCUGCCCGAGGAAUUCACCGACGAGUGUGAGGUGUUCGAGGCCACCAGGCAGCCCGGCGACCGGCCCAUGGUGGGGGAGAGCGAGUACUUCUACGAACAGUAUGUGGACUCCACAGACACGCCGGAUGCGGCCAACACAGUGCUGAGCACCUCGCAGCGCCCGAAGCCCAUUCCCGUGCCCACACUCAACAGCAACAUUGACCUGAACAACACACUGCUCCACACCAAAUACUUCAACAGGCGUCCACAGGCGGGAGCUGGCGGUUCCCCCUUCACCUUCUUUGGCUAUCCGAUUCCCAGUGUGAGUCUGGGACGCUUCUUUGGCUUUGGAGAUCGCGGUCGCAGGCAGCGAACGGAUGGGAACGAGGCCGAGAUGCCGGCCACGCAUCGGAUGGCCAGCAUCAACCUGCCCAGCGGGCGGGGCAAGACGCGAAUGUACCAGCCCAACAGUGCGGAGUUCGAGAAGUAUCUGAAGGAGCAGCAGCAGCAGCAGAAUGUGGCCAGAAAUCGCUACAUGGAAGUGGACACCACCACCAACUCGGCCGAGGAGGCACUGAGUAAUGAGAGCGGUGGGGCGGCCACAACAGCCGGAGUUUUCCGCACAACCUUCCGGGAACCGUCGAGCAUCGAACGCGGAGGCUUUCGACCCAUUGUGCCGCCCCAUGUGGGUGGCUUCAUGCCCGUCCAUGAUCCGCAGCAGCGACGCGGUCUUGUGGAGUCUGUCAACGUCACAGGAAAGCAUCCGGAGCCGGUUCAGGCCAAGGCCGAGCGUAACUUUUCGCCCAUUUCCGUGUAUCCCCGCCCGAGACCCACUCCCAAUGGUGUGGAGAGUGUCGAAUCGGCCACGUAUGAUGUCACCGAGAUGACGCCCGAUGUGACCACCAUAGUUCCGCUCAUCCAGAGCACAAGAGCAGCGACCACCGCGCGACCAACAACCACAACGAGGCCCACAACAACCACUGCUAGGACUACCAGCACCACCAGCACCACUGAGCCCCCCAUUGUUAACGAUUCCUCCUCGAGCAGCGAGCAGGAGCAGGAGCAACUGGACUCCCACUACGAUGACGAUGAUUUGGAGGCGCAGUCUGUGACCUUGCUACGCCCUCCUCCACUGGUGCAGACAACGACGGCAGAGACGAUUCUGCUGAUUCCCCCAGCCGAGGAGCAUGUGGCUCAGAUCAAGAGCCACUCCUGGGUGACGACGACAACACCACAGAGCCUCAGUGACUACCAGGCCACGCCAGUGCGAUCGACAAGCACAGUGCCACCGCCCGCGCCGCCACCUCCAUUGCGGAGCGGAGGGCGAUCCACCAUCACGAAGGUCUAUACUCCGCACCAGCCACAAGGGGCUCAGCCCACAGCGGAGGAAUACCAGCGCACCACGCCCAGUGGGGACAACGAGGGCCUGGCCAGCGAGCAUCAGCUAACGGCCCAGAAGCGCACAGAGCUGGAGCUGCUGCAAGUGGAUCGGCAGGAUCGCAAGGAUGGCAUGGACUGGUACUACGAGAGCUUUAAGAAGAAGCGCGACUUCAAUGGUGGCGCUGCAGUGAGAAAAGCAGCCCACAAGGAGGUGUUCUACGGCGGCAUUCCCCCCGAUUCGGAAAGUACGGGCAGCUGGAAUCGAUUCAACAAGAAGGGGAUCAUCUUGCUCAGCUUUUUAUUGUUGUGGAGGCUCUAAGAGAGCGAGCGUGUUAAACAGUUUGUUAAGAUCUUUGAUAUAGACAAUUAAAAUAUUGAUUUAUUAUGUAUAUUUAAAUA